ACUCAGUUGCGUUGCUGCAGUCCAAUACGGAAGUAGUGCAGUCCAACGACACCCACGAGUAUCAGUAAUAAUAAUUUCGAGAAAUCCAAAGAGAUUACUUGCUGUCAUCCUGUCUGUUGUCAGGCAGAGAUUGUUGAUUAAUUUCGAACAAGGAAUUAUUAGCGAACGAUGUCCUUUUGCAUAAGAAGCAUCGCGAACGGCAGCAAAUAUGUACCCACUAUCGUGGCUAGUGCCCAGGGAUGCAAUUCUGCAAGACGGUUCAGCAGCCGGCAACUGCCGAGACACGUGAAACCCGUAACAUCAACGUUUCUUAACGAGUUUAUGGGUCCUAAUGCAUCGCUCAGCUUACCUCUUGAUGCUAAGGAAUAUUGCAAGUUAUUGGAUUCAUCUAAAGAGUCAAAUAUUAACCAUCCUCAAUAUACUUAUAUUUAUGUUAAUCGAUGGUUGAAUGAUUCAAAUACUAUUAAUAAUAAUGAUAUUGAAUCAUACGCAAUUUCAAGUAAAAAAGAUUUAGAGUUUUAUGGUCAAGAAAUCAAUCAUGUUUCAUUCAUUCAUUCUGGAAUAGAUCAAACAGUAUUAUCUUAUAAUAUGAAUUCAGUGUUACCACACGAGGACAAUAUUUCUGUGACAUAUCAAGAACCAAAUCGGAAGCCUCAAGAUCAAACAUAUUUGCUCAAUAUGAGUGCAGUUACCAAAGAAAAGCCCAAACUUUCAACUUUACCAAAGGCUCCAGCAAUGCUUGAAGAAAAGAAUGUGGAUUCACAAGAUAAAAGAGCAACUCUCCACAAGAAACCAUCAGAGGAUGAUCUUAAGUUUAUUUAUGAUACAUUGAGUGUUGAUCUACCAAAAUUUUUUAUAAAAUCUCUCAACUACAAAAUAUACUCUUCUAAUAUUGAAUUUGUGAAUAACAUCAGGGGAACAAGAACAAAAACUGCAUAUGAAUACGUAAAACAAAUGGCAUUUUUAAGGAUAAUAGGCCAUCUGAAAUUUGCCUAUGUAAAAUUAGAACUUCUCAAAAUGACUAUGCACACAUCAGAUAAUACAAUCAGGGUUCGUUGGCGCAUAAUUGGGAUAACUGGAUUCAAGGUGUUGCUGCAAUUCUGGAAAUUCAAAGUAUGGAAGAUAAGAUCGGAAGCGACAAGAGAAAAUGAAAUUUGGUAUGAUGGAUAUUCUACAUUUUACAUUGGUGAAGAUGGUUUGAUAUAUAAACACGUAGCGGACAAAAUGAUGCCUGACCAAGAUGAAGAUAUAAAGCCAAAAUCUGGUCUUCAAUCGAAAUUAGCUUCUCAGCUUGGCGCAAAAAUUGUGUAAUUGAAUUUAACUGCUUCUGCGCCUGUGUAUAUCGAGUCAUCGAAGGAGUGGUAAACGUUUUCAACGUUGUGAAUAGCAUUUAUGUGAGAUUGUUCAGUUUUGUAUAAAUUGAAAACUUUACAACCUGCUUAUCAUGUUUUAAAUUUAUUAUCAAUCUUGAAAUUGAUUUUUUUUCAUGUAAAUUAAUUUAUAAAAAUGUGAGAAAGAUAGUAUGUAUUAGCACUAAGAACAAUCGUUAAUAUUAAUCGAAUACCGUUUGUGUUUUAUUGAAAAUAACAGUUGCUAUGAUUAAUAUUUUCAUUUUCAAUUUUAUUAGUAUUAGAGCUUUUUCCUGAUCUAUAAGUAACUGUUAGCUGUAAAUAAUGUGUGAAAACAUU